AGUGAAUCACAUGAAACAUAUUGGUCAGCUGUAGUCGGCUCGGUGGACGGUGACUUGGUGAGAUGAGAAAGAGCGGAAAUUCUGCCUUCACUUUUCAUACAAGUUUCCGCUACGCCCCGGCAGAGGAUUAUUUGAUUAUUACGAAUGAGUAGGACAGGCGUAGGAUUAAGUUGUGACAUCUAAUUGACAGUGUUGUCAGAAGAUGAAAAUUUAUGCCUUUCUCGAUUUACAGUUUAAUCGGUAGUUAAAUAUUUAUACCUAAUUUCACUAGACAACAAUGAUUAAUAAAUUUUGGAUCACGAGAAGUAGCUUGUAGCGAGCAAAAAUUAAUGGUCUUGCAAUGAAUAGUGAUAUUUGUUAUGUACUAAGUAUUUAGAUAUGGCUACAAUGGAAGGUUCCUUGAGUAAAUGGACAAAUGUAAUGAAAGGAUGGCAAUACAGGUGGUUUGUCUUGGACGAUAAUGCUGGCUUGCUGUCAUAUUACACUUGUGUUGAUCUGUCUCUAGGUUUGCACUAGUUUGCUUAUGGUGGAACAAACAAAAUGUCUGUUUACAGUCAAGGGAAAAAAUGAUUCGAGGUGUCAGACGUGGCUGUGUGCGCCUAAAAGGAGCUGUCAUAGGCAUUGAUGAUGAGGAUGACAGUACUUUUACUAUUACUGUUGAUGGCAAGACUUUUCAUUUCCAAGCCCGUGAUGCUGAGGAACGUGAGCGGUGGAUUAGAGGAUUAGAAGAUACAAUUCUUCGACAUGCACACCGAAUGCGAUGGGAUGCAACUAAACCUGCACCGAGUGUUGAAGAUUUUGAUAAGAAAUUAACAGAAGCAGAUGCAUAUCUCCAAAUUAUCAUUGAUCAAGUGAAAGCUCUGGAACUUAGAAUAGAUCGGAUGACAGAUCCUGAAGACAAAGCACGUUGUCAGUCUAUCAGGGACCAAGCAAAUAAUACAGCACAUCCUGUUAAUGGUAUUUUCACUGCCCCAAUGCCAUCAUUCACUGAUAAUAUGAAACACCCCAUUCAGCAGCAGGAAGGAGGUGCUGAUGCUGUACCUUUAACAAGUCCUGUUCAAACUGGAAUUGAAGUGGGUGCUGAAUGUGUUGAAUCAAGAUGUGGAAGUACAUCAAGUAGAAGCCCUGUAACUGGAAGUGUUCAAGAGCAAAGUUAUGAAUAUAUACAAUAUUUGAAUUCUACCACAGACAUCAGCCAGAGCAGGCCUGCUCACCGUACCAGCAUGAGUCUGGGAGUACCUGAGACAUCCUACUCUAGUUCUGAAGAAGAAGACGAUUUCUUUGAUGCCAAUGAAUUUAGUGAAACCCCUGUCAGCAUGCAAAGUCCCACGGGAUUAAGGUCUUUUGAACCGAGCUUAAUGGAACAGUCAAUGGAAACACCUAUAAGUCAAACGGACUCCAUUACAUCUAACAAGUUGCCAUCCAGAUUGUCCCAGACACUAUUCAGAGAUGAUGGAUCCUUGGACUAUGAUGCUCUUUAUGAGGAUGACUCAGAACAUGAUUUAGGGUCAAUGGAGCAUCAUGGAUCUGUUGUCACACACCUUUUGUCCCAAGUCAAGAUAGGCAUGGAUCUUACCAAAGUAGUUCUCCCAACUUUUAUCCUUGAAAGACGUUCACUUUUGGAAAUGUAUGCUGAUUAUUUUGCACACCCAGAUAUAUUUGUCAGCAUUGCUGAUUUCUCAGACCCCAAGGAUCGCAUGGUUCAAGUAGUGCGCUGGUACAUGUCUGCUUAUCAUGCAGGGCGGAAGAGUGUUGUUGCAAAAAAACCAUACAAUCCCGUCCUGGGAGAGGUUUUUCUAUGUCACUGGAAUGUGCCAGGGCUGGAAUCAAAGGAAGCUCCUGUACCAGUGUCAGAUGGCCCUGUACCUUGGUGCUCAAGGAACCAGCUUACAUUCAUAGCUGAGCAGGUUUCACAUCAUCCUCCAAUUUCUGCUUUCUACGCAGAGCAUUACAACAAACGUAUAAGUUUCUGUGCCCAUGUAUGGACAAAAUCUAAAUUUCUGGGUCUUUCAAUUGGUGUCCAUAACAUAGGACAAGGCUGUGUAUCCGUUUUAGAUUAUGAUGAAGAAUACAUAGUUACUUUCCCAAAUGGCUACGGACGAUCAAUUUUAACUGUUCCCUGGAUUGAAUUGGGUGGAAGUGUUACCAUUAAUUGUGUAAAAACUGGAUAUUAUGCAAAUUUAGAAUUCUUAACCAAACCUUUUUAUGGUGGUAAGAAAAACCGCAUUUCUGCUGAAGUUUUUCAACCUAAUGACAAAAAACCUUUCCUGACUGUGCAUGGAGAAUGGAAUGGUGCAAUGGAAGCCAAGUGGCCAGAUGGGAGAACUGAAACAUUUGUGGAUGUUAAAAAGAUUCCUAUAGUGAAAAAAGUUGUGCGGCCUAUUGCAGAACAGGCAGAAAAUGAAUCACGACGCUUGUGGAUGGAAGUGACUGCAGGUUUGAGCCUGAAUGAUAUUGAUCGGGCUACCAAAGCAAAAUUUUCACUAGAACAAAAACAAAGGGAUGAAGCCAGAGACCGCAAAGAAAGAGAGCUUCGCUGGAAUGCACAGGUGUUCCAGGAAGCAGGUGAGAACUGGGUAUAUAAACAACCAUUGGUGAAGCGAUUGCACAAACUCUCUGACAGCUCUGAUAAUCAAUUGUAGGUUGUCUAAGGCAAAGAUUUGUGGAUAGCCACUAGUUGUUUCUGAGUAACUGCUUCAUAUGGCAUUUUACUUGUGAGUAUAGCAAGAAGGGUGGACUCAGAAAUCAUACCUAUUGUUAAAAUUGUUGUGUAUAUACCUUUUGAUGCAGUUAAGCUUCUUUUAAAAAGCGAGUUGUAUUUAUUUACAAGGAGUCGCAAGACAUGUUGAAUAAUGAAACACCAGUUAACUAUGUAAUUCUGUAUUAUCACAGAAAUUAGGAACACUUUCAGCUUAGAAUUUCCAGUAAACUCUCUUAACACCAUAAUGGGCCUUAUAAUAGAUUAAAUAUAUUCCUUCAAAGAUUCAUCAGGUAUAAUGCAAAACUACAACUUUGGGAAAAAUUUUGUAUAUAUUGUAAUCAGCCAUCAGUUAAUAGAAUAUUCAUGGCUUUUAUUCCUCAGUCAACUAAAUUGUUAAAAUAUGCAGAACGUGGGAAAGUGCAACUUUAGAAAAUAAUAUCUACAAUAUGAAUUAAGCAGUGAUUGUACAAUUUUCAAUCUUAAGAAAUUCAUUGACAAUCAUUGUCUAUGAAUAAAAUUUCUGGUUGCAUCCUAUAACUUCAGUAGAAAGUCAACAAAUAAUCUCUCUUAGAAAUGCUAAUGCUAGUGUCUUCAUUUUGAGCACAUGAAUUUCGCAGAAUGCUCAGAAUGAACAUUUUUGCUGGCAUUAGAUGCCAUUUGAAAUUGAAUAUGUAUGCUUUUGAAUUUGAAUACUCUAUUCUUGGUUAGUUCAAGACACAUCACAAACUUUGGAUAUAAAUGUAAUAUUACAAACAUAAAAUUAAUCAAGAAUUUUUUCCUUCCAAACCUAUAAACAUUUCUUAUUAACAAUGUAUAUCUUCAAUACAUAUAGGAUGUAGGUGCAGCAAAUCAAACAAAAUUAUGUUUUGAUUUUUUUUUGUUUUGUUUGGAAGCUUUUGAACUAAUUUCAUUAUACUGAGAGACAUUUGUGAAACUCUGCUUCUGACUUUUAACUUGUUGCAAUUUAGAAUGCUAUGUUAUUCAAAUAAUGAUGACAUUGAAUUUCUGGUAUGUUUGUUCAGAUAUUGCUGACACCAAGCAUGCACUUUGUGCUGUUGUGUCAAUUUUGAGUGUAACUGCAUAUUUUUACUUUCCAAGUUGCGUCUUGCCUAAAUCAAAAAGUGGGCUGUAUUCUUUGUAAUGAUUCUAUCACAAGUUUUCCUGUUCUAUUAUUCAAUGAAUAUACUAUUCUCCUUCUUUGUAACUUUGCAAUCAUUGUCUAUGAAAUUAUUUACCAAUCCUCACCUAUUAAUUACACAGACCUGCACCUAAACAAUUGUUGGCAAAGUUAUUGUGCUAAAGCUGAGUUACACAGAUUUCGGUGUGCUGAAUUCAGAAAAAAACAUGAAAAAAUCCCAUCACCUACGACUUUUGCACAAAUCAGUAUUUGAAUUGUGUGUCUGCAAAAAAAAUUCGUAAAUUUUUCUAUCAUGUCAUUGGUUCUCCUGAUUUGGUUAUUCCAACUUCAGAGAAUUCUCACUUCAAUUAGAUUGUUAUUGUUGUAGAACUGCAGUUCUUUUGCUGUUCACUUCUGAAUUCAAGUGUCAUUAGGCUACACUAAUUUUCCCUGCU